AUGUGGAUUUUGAUAUUGACAGCAAUAGUUGGUUAUUUUGUUUUCGAUUGGUUGCGUCGUAAAUUCAAAAUCACCAACAUCACACAAAAAUAUGUUUUUAUCACCGGAUGCGAUUCGGGUUUCGGUCAUCAUUUGGCACAAAGAUUGGACGGUAUGGGCUUCCACGUCAUAGCUGCCUGCCUCACCAUCGAAGGAAUUGAAACACUCAAAAACAAAUGUUCAAGCCGAUUAAAGACGGUACAGUUGAACGUAGCUCAUGAAGAGGAAAUUGUUAGAGUCGUUGAACACGUCAAAUCUCUUUUAUCACCCGAUGCAGGAUUGUGGGCAGUAGUAAAUAACGCGGGUAUUGGUGGACCAGUUGGCUAUUCAGAAUGUUUAAGCCGAGCAGAUUAUUUGGAAUGCCUGAACGUGAAUCUUUUUGGAGUUAUUGACGUGACGAAAGCCUGUUUGCCAUUAAUCCGCAAGGCUCGUGGUAGAGUUGUGAACAUUGCCAGUAUGUUUGGACGCAUCUCCAGCAUUCCUGCACCAUAUUGUAUCUCUAAAUAUGGCGUGGAAGCGUACUCCGACUGCUUACGACGGGAAGUCUACCAUCAAGGCAUCACAGUUCAUAUUUUAGAACCAGGAUUUUUCCAUACGGAUAUCAUCAACCCGGAGUCGCUAAUGGAAAAACUUCAACGAUAUUUUAGUCAAGGCAGUGUGGAAUUCCAGCAGUUUUUCGGUCCACAGUUUUUACCUAAGAGCAGAGAUUUGAUUGUAGAAGUAAUCAACAAAGCUGAUUCCGACAUCGAUAAAGUCGUUGACGCAUACGUUCACGCAGUAUCUGCGAAGCACCCGAAAUAUCGCUAUGUAGUGGGGAAUGAUGCCCAGGUCUUAGCUAGAUUCUUACCGACUCUUCCCGAAUGGAUUUCAGAUUAUGUGAUGUGUUUUCAGAAUCCAAAACCACAAGGCGCUCAUUAGAACUCACGUUCGCGACGUUGUACAACUUCAAACUUUUUUGACAAUCUAAUCACAAUACUAUGACUGCGGUGAUCUAGCGACAUAUAUGAGGAAUGAUUGUUCACUAAUUCACCCAAUAAAAUGGUCUCAUUAGUCUAAAUUAAUCAGACCAAACUUUCGUCGGUUUCUUACUAGCUUUUAUUUUUAAUACAGCCACCGUUAUAGCGUCUAACGACAGCCCCCUUGAACGUUCAUCAAAUUAACCUUUUAACCUAACUCGAUGACGUCUGCUUUAACCAAUCAAAAUUUUCCAUUUUCCAGCGCUGGCAUCAGAUUAGGUCAAAAGGUUAAUUUGACGAACGUUCAAGAGGGCUGUUGUUAGACCCGAACUGAGGUGGCUAUAUCAAAAUAAAAGCUAAUAAAACAAAACCGAACGAAGGUUUGGUUUAAUUUUAAUUAGAAUGAUGGUCUACUCUAUUGAUUACAGGACAUGGACUUCUUUUAAUUAUUGAGGCAGUUUCACAAAAUAAUGAAGGUGUCAGUCUAUAAGUUAAAUCAGACUACCUGAACAUAUUAGCGAUGGGAGAAACGAAGAUAUCAAGACUAAUGAAGAUGUCAAAUUUUUAUCAAUCUAAUACAUUCGUAUAAUUAUAUUCAUACAAUUAUUAUAGUCUCCAUUUGUAAUCAAACAAGUUUUCUACCACAGUCUGAUGCCGUUAUUUUUUAACCAGUCGUUUUUGAAAACGAGGAUGAAUAAUUGUGUAACACGGAACCUAAAAAGGUUGUCAUAUUGCUCUACGUUGGGUUUGGUUAUCUCACAAUUCAUUAUGUUAACGCCAAAAGGUUUACACGACAUUCUUUGUUUGGUUAAAAAAUGAAAUGAAAUGAAUGGAGUUUUACGUCCUACUCUUUGGUUAAACAGAAGAACGAUAAAUAGAACGGACUGUGGGAAAAAAACUUAUUAGAUCACAAUAGAAACGAAAAUAUCAGUAACAAAAGAAUGGAAUUUUUAUUAGAAUGCAGCGAUAGUCCUAUGCAUGUAGAAAGUUCCUUCAUAAGAUCAGAAUACACAAUAAAAUGGUUAGUAGUAAUGGAAUUGGAUGGGGGGAUUUCCUGAUGCAUUUACUAUGCAUUUUUUAGUGUUUACCGGGUAAUUAUUGAUUAAAGUCAAUUAACAAAAUAAACAAGAUUAACAUAUCUGAUGAAAAACAAUCAUUAGAGCUAGCGUAAAUAUCAUAUCCUUAUAUAGGGUGAAACAUAUUCCUCUAUUGCAGCCAUUGAAAGCUAUUUUGAAAGUUGUCGGCCGGUGUAGAGACAGAAAAAAACUGUUUUUGUUCGAAAA